CCCCAGCCCCUCCUACUCUGCUUUCAGCCUCGUCUUCCCCUUCCCUCCCCAGCGCCAUGCCGCUCUUUGCCCGCGCCGCAGUGCUUUUGGGGCUGCUGGGGGUCCUGCGCCAUGGCGGCGCCUCAGGUCUUCUUGAGCUCUCCUUGGGAAAAUUCAGAAAUGUGCUACUUAACCGGACCAAUCCAGUGGAAGCUGUAAUCAGGAACAUUGCAAGCAAUGUCACUGUUGUUAUUUUUCAAGUACAUGCCCAGCAAAGUGAUGUGGUGAUAUCCUUUGAUAAGAAUCCGUCUGCGAACAGCUCAGGAACCGGAGUAGACAAAGGCCUGGUUUCCAUCCUUCGGCCUCAACAGACUGUGUGUACGUGGUACCUGCAGUCACUGCGUGCUAGCCAGGUGCUCAGCACAGCUAUCUCCAUCCCAUACAUGGAGAAAGAUCCUAUUCCUGGAGGCUGCAAUCUAGAAUUUGACUUGGAAGUGGAUCCAAAUAUUUACCUAGACUAUACGGUGGUUGAUAUACAGCUCAAAUUUGCCCCUGCAAACUUAGGAUAUACCAGAGGAGCAAACCCACCAUCCUGCGAUUCAGGGGCUGGUCAGAACUCCAGAUGGCGACUGCGCUACGAUGUCUACCAGUACUUCUUACCAGAGAAUGACCUUUCUGAGAUGGUGCUCAUGAGCCACCUACGGAAGAUGUCCGAGGUGCAAAGUAUCAAAGCCAAUGGCAUUAAAAUGCUUACGUUGACAACUGACGACAAGACCAAUGUCUACUUUUCUGCCCUUCCUGGCCAAGGGGUGAUCUACAACGUCAUAGUAUGGGACCCUCUUUGGAACACUUCAGCUGCGUACGUACCGGUGCAUACGUACGCCUGCAGCUUUGCUGACCUAGUGGAUAACUGCUCUUCUCUCAGCAAACUCUCUACCAAAGUAUUCUUCACAGCUCUUGCUAUUCUUGGUCUCUUCACUUGCUUUUUUGGACACAGAUUCUGGAAAACAGACUUACUCUUCAUGGGCUUCAUAUUUGCAGGAUUCUUCUUCUUUGUAUUCAUCACAAGGGUAACUGGCCUUGGUUAUGAUGUGCGUCUUAUUUUGACAGCAGUAGCUGGAAUUCUUGGAGGGCUCUUCCUGGUUGCAACCUGGUGGAGAUUUGGCUCUGUCCUACUCUCCAUGUUUAUUAUUGGACUCGUGCUGGGAUUUCUCUUUUCAUCUACGGUCUUCUUUACUCCACUAGGAGACUACAGGGUCUUUCGUGAUGAUGUUGUGUUCUGGGUGACCUUUUCUUCUGUAGCCUUGAUGAUUCCAGUGCUUUUUGUUGGCUGUCCAAGAAUUCUGAACAUACUGGCCUCUGGAAUAGUGGGCUCCUAUGCAGUGGUCCUAGCUAUUGCUUGUUACGUCUACACAAGUCUUGCUUACAUCACCUUAAACCUACUCAGAAGGAUCCUCAAUGAUUACUUCAGCAGAGCUUACACCAACGUACCAUUUCAAAGAAAUGACUUCAUUAUCCUGUCAGUGUGGACCAUGCUGGCCCUCAGCGGAGUGACUGUGCAGCUUCGCCGAGAGAGAAGUGAAGUGCCCUUCCCACCCCACCCCUACGUCACCUGGAAGCAAGAAAGGGAGCGCAGAAGCACCAACGUCUUAGACCCGAGCCAUCACAUACCUCCCCUGAGAGAGAGGAUCCAUAACAAGAUACUACACAUCAAAGAGUUUUUUCAGAAGGAGCAGCCGGCUGGGGAAAGAACUCCGUUGCUUCUCUAACCCCCCAAAUCACUGGUGGGAAGAGAGAGGAAGAAUCUGGGCAUGGUGAGCUGAGUGAUCACCAGCAAACCAGCCAGUGGUGCAGGAUUUACCACUGCCACUUUGUCCUGCUUAAUAAGGGGAGAACAUAUUUGCCCAAUCUGCAAGAGAAGUUAUCUCUACGGUACACUACAAGCUGUUUUGUGACUCUUUCCCUCAAUGGCCCACUCAGCCCACUGUAAUAUGCAUAUGUCUAAGCUGCAGAAUCUUCUACUAAUGGUCAACUACAAGUAUUUGUCUUGUGGGGGGUCUAGUUUGAUGUUUAGGUAUGUGAAAUAUAAACUGGCGCUUAGAAAACAACCUGUACAGUGCUGGUUCUGUCCUGGCAGGGUGAAAAAUACUGCUGAAAUAUUGCCUGAGCUGCUCCUGAAGGUGAGCAGUCUGUCAGGUGGCGAGGGGAGAGAGAUAAGGACCAUGCACAGGAGUUCUUCUUGAAGGAACUGAAGUGUCACCUUCUAAUAAAAGUACAAAACGUGUGGCCGCAGACACACCUGCUUCCAAGAAGUAUUUACUGAACCUUGCAAGCAAAACCAAGUGACUUGAAUUUCAACUGCACUGAACUAACUGUUGUAAGUGUGCCUGCUGGGGCUCAGGAGUGGACCUGAUCUGAGACAAGACUUUCUCCCUCACCUUCAGAUCAUUCUGUAGCAAACUCAUCACCUGGUCUCUGUGCAGAGAUGACUGCUAAGAGAACACAACAGGUUUGCCUCCUUGUUUGCUUUCUCAACAGCCUGUGUCUUGUUUCUGCUCUGGCAUAAUCUCUUUUUUUGAUGGUGCUGUCAUAAAAAAAAACACCCCUAAAUUAGCUCUUUGUAGCCAGCAGCCAUUUCUUUCCUGGAAUUGAUUGAAACACUAACUAUUUUUAUUUUUAGUCAAUAUAUCUUUUCAUUUUGCCUUUAAGGGGAGAAAACAGCAUCUAGUUGGCAAAAUAUUGAUCAGCAUCCUUGCUGACUGAAUGUGUUCCUUACAUCUCCUUCCUUCCUUGCAUCUGCCCAAAGCAGAAUGCAGCAAAGCAGAUAAGGGACCACUCUCUGUUUGGUGGACUGGGGUCUCCUGUGGGGGCUUUAUUCAGCUCCUGGAAAAAAAUAAAAAAACCCAAAACAAACAGCCAUUUUCAAAAUGCAAACUGGAGAAGUUUGGGUUUGGCUCCCAUAAAUAACUGAACAAGCAGUCCUGAGGCUGUCAGGGGUUUUACCUGCCCCCUCUCCCCAACCCAGUCCUGGUCUUCACGUUGAGUGCUGACGUGGUUGUCUGUCACACAUGAAAUGGUGGUUGAAGGGUUGAAGUCUUGCAGCCUUGUGUCUUGAGACAGGUUAUGGUGGCUCUUCUUGCUCUCUUGGUACCCUUAGUGUGGGCAGCAGAGUGCAUGGUCCCUCCUGUCUGGAGGUGAAUGGCUGUUCUGCUGCUGGAAUGGAACCACCAUGAAUAUGUGAAUGUUCUAGUGGGGGAAAUUCAAGUUCUUGGCAGUCACUUUAAAUUCUGGAUAGUAACUGUCUAAAAAACAAGUCUUUGUAAGGAAACUGGCUAAAAGACUCUGAGAACUUAAUUGAAACACCCUGGCAGUAGAAAGAAAGUAAUGACUUUAAAUUUACUCUAGUUACCGGCCACUUCUCUUUAAGGAGUGAAAGCUUCGUGUCAGUAUCUGAGGUGACUGAGCUGAUGGGAUGUUUAGAGAGCCAAAUCCCAUGAUUGCUUGGAGCUGGAACAUCUGCCUCAACCAGCAGGACAAGGCUGAAAUCCUGCAGUCUGGGUCCUGCUUCACUGUGCUGUUUUGUGGCACGUGGCGAGGGGGAACCGAGAAGCCCUUUCUCUGAGUGCUCAGGGGCUGCCCUUACUGCACUGAUACCCAGCAGAUACUUCUUUGGUAUAGAAAUGCUCUUAAACAUGUUUACCUUGGUUGUUGUUUUUUUUUUUUUUUAUAACUGCUGUGAUUAACAUUGUGGAAGAAACAAGUUUAACUCU